UUGUCAAAUGGUGACACACAUGAAAUAAAAUGUGGUGGUUCAGCGGGAUUUCCAGUAACGAAAGCUGAAUCUUCCGAUGGUCGUAAGCAGUUAACAAAUGGUAUGUACCGCGUUCAUCGCAUACUUACUGAUGAAGAAAUUUCAGAAGGUAAAGAAUCCGAAUGGACUGAAUUGGAAGUUCACGGUAGGAUAAAAAAUAUCAGCCCAACUUUGUGGAAUAUGAAAUAUCUUACGGCACUUUUUUUGAAUGGCAAUCACCUUACCAGGAUUCCUUCUGAGAUUUCUCAGUUAGAACAGUUAACAACUUUGGAUUUAUCUUACAACAAACUACGUAGUCUACCGGCUGAGUUGGGAGAUAUGAUUUCACUAUGUCAUCUUUAUCUUAAUAUGAAUCAGAUAAGGGUUUUGCCUUAUGAACUAGGCAAACUCUUUCGUUUGCAAACUUUGGGACUCGCAGGUAAUCCACUCUCUCCAGAGAUCAGUAAAAUUUAUCAUGAUUCGAAUGGUGCUCACAAGUUGCUGCGAUUUUUAUUGGAUCAUUUGUCUGUAAAUUCUUGUGCGCCACCGGAUCGUCAGUGGAUUAUGAUGAAGCAAACCGAUCAUGAAAGGCCUAUCGGUACCUUCACGGUUUUGUGUUAUAAUGUUUUAUGUGAUAAAUAUGCUACAAGUAGUUUGUAUUCAUAUUGUCCGUCAUGGGCGCUUCAUUGGGAUUAUCGAAAAUCGUUGAUUGUCAAGGAAAUACGCCAUUAUGAGGCCGAUAUCAUUACAUUACAGGAGGUUGAAACAAAACAAUUUUUUAAUUUUUUUCAACCUGAACUUGAAUUAAUCGGUUAUUCUGGUAUUUUUUCACCUAAAUCGAGGGCAAAAACAAUGUCUGAAGAAGAAAGAAAAUACGUCGAUGGUUGUGCUAUUUUUUGGAAAUAUGAUAAGUUCGAUUUGGAGCAAGAGCAUUUAAUCGAAUUUACUCAAAUUGCUAUUAACAAAGCUCAAUCCAGCGAGCAUAUGUUAAAUCGUGUAAUGCCAAGGGAUAAUAUAGCUUUAUGCGCUAUACUCAAAAUCAAAGAAAAUGUUUAUUUGAAACGGACAACAAUGGCGCCAAAUGAAAAUGUUGUUGGUAAUCCAAUUGUUAUUUGUACGGCUCAUAUACAUUGGGAUCCUGAAUUUUGCGAUGUUAAGUUAAUACAGUGUAUGAUAUUAGUGCAAGAAAUAAAUACACUUCUUCAGCAGAUGUCGGAAAAAUAUCGACUUCUUGCUGAACAAAUUCCAGUCUUAAUAUGUGGAGAUUUAAAUUCGUUGCCUGAUUCGGGCGUCGUGGAAUUUUUGUCAAAGAGUGCUAUACCGAAGGAUCAUCAAGAUUUAAAAGGGUUUCGCGGUGAUUCUGCUAUUUCCAAUUUUAGUUCUUCGAACAGUUCGACAUUUUAUACGCAUAAUUUACUCUUAGAAAGUGCAGUUGAUGCAACUUCUCUAUCAUUCACAAAUUAUACAAUUGACUUCAAAGGUGUACUCGACUAUAUAUUUUCAACACCGCGAUCAUUAUCAAGACUUGGUGUUCUUGGACCUUUGGAUAUGUCUUGGAUACAAGCAAAUAAAAUUCUUGGUUUUCCUCAUCCUCAUGUACCAUCAGAUCACAUACCUAUAAUGGCGCAGUACGCCAUUGUUCCUGUUGCACAUCAAAGACCACAAUUUCAGCAUAUUUACUAUAGUGGUGCUUCUAGUCAAACAAAUUCAAUUUUAAGCAAAUUUUAA